AUCGAGAAAGGUAUAGGUCAUGUAAAGGGGGCGCAAAAGAAUGACUUGGAAAGUAGUCGAGGAGAGAUGUUAGCUCAAAUAGGUGAAUUAAAAGAUCAAUACUUUGAAGAUCUGUGUGAUGAAUUUAAAGAAGCCUUAGAGCUAUAUGUAGAGCCACAAGGGACAUGGAGCGUGCCAAUUAUCAAGAUAUUAGCUGAUAAAAAGGAAAUGGAUUACGAAAAAAAAGAAGGUGACGUUGAAAAAGUGGUUAUUGAUUUUUUGACCUCAAAGGAUAAACUCACUUCAGAUGAUAAGCGAAUUCUGGAGAUUGAAGCCAAUAAAUUUUUGAUUUCAAAAGACAAGGAACCAUUAAUUAAGGCAGAGAAUCAAUUAACUUUGGAGGAUAUAAAUGUCUUGAAUGUAGCAGCUAAUCAAUUUCUGGCUUUAAAAGAUCAAAACGCUUUGAAACUUUUGGAGAUGGCGAUGAAUGAAUUCUUAGAGUCAUCAAAAUAUGAAUUUGAAAAUAUAUUUAAGAAUAUAAUCCUUAAUUUUUUGGGAAGUCCGUUUGUCUUGGAGAAUAAACUAUCUUUGGAGAGUAAAUUGGCUUUAGGACAUCAAAUAACUGCGGAGGACAUAAACGUUUUGGAAAAAGCUUCAAAAAAUGAAGAUUUUGAAAAAACUGCCAAAGAACUUCUGAAUUUAAAAGCUAAAGAAGUUUUGGAAACAGCAGUAAAUGACCUCCUAACCUUGAAACGUAAAAGAGUAUUGUUGAUAUUAGGUAGCGGAGGCACGGGUAAAUCGACGUUUAACCGUCAUCUUGCUCGUCUUCUAUGGGAAAAAUACCAACUAGACUUGACGCAAUCCAUUCCUUUAUUUAUCGCAUUAGCACCAUUAGAAAAAUUUAUAAAUCAAAAUCUGGAUUUUAUUGCAGCCUACUUACAGGAAAAGGGCAAUCUAUCCCCAGUUCAAAUUAAUGAAUUACGGAAUAGGAAGUUUGUAUUUAUUUUAGAUGGUUAUGAUGAGAUUGCUGAACGUGAUCGUCAUUGCUAUAACAGUAAUAUGUUCUCUGAAUGGAAAAAUGCGAAAAUUAUCAUUAGUUGUCGACCAGAAUACUUAAAUCAAGGCGAUGAAGAAAUGUUUUGGCCCAAAGAAAAUGGAAAAAGAGGGUUCCAAGAACUGACACUUACACCAUUUUCGCGGGCUGAAGUAGAACAAUAUAUCAAAAAUUAUGUUCGUUAUUUCAAAAAAAGCAAUUCAUUGCUAUGGGACGCAGACGAAUAUAUACGAAGCAUAGACAAGAUACCGCAAUUAGAAGAUCUUGUGUGCAAUCCCAUUCUAUUAAAAAUUACCUUAACUGUUUUACCAGGUAUUUUCAUAGACAGAGAGACAACAUCUCAGAUAAAUCAGAUAAAUCGUAAAGUUUUGUAUGACGAAUUUCUUAAAAAAUGGUUUGAGCGUGCUCAAAAUCGCUUAAACAAAAUUCAAUUGAAACUUGAAGAACGAAAAGAGUUUGAUCAUUUAAAUAAUGAUUUUACUGAGCAUUGUCUACAAUUUGGUAAAGAAUUUGCUUUCAAGAUGUUUGUAGACAAUAAUAAAGUAGUUGUUAACCGUAGUCUAGAAAAUUUAGAAGAUACAAAUGUGAAAUGUCGCUUGAUGCGUUUUAGUAUGCCAUUAAUUCAACGUGGAAAUCAAUAUUGGUUUUUCCAUAAAUCAUUACGAGAUUACUUAAUCGCUUGUGCAUUGCUAGAUUCACUUAAUGAUACGUCACAAUUAACUCUCUUUAAUAAGCAAUCGAUUAUACCAGAACCUGCAAUUCAAACCUUUUUGGUCGAAGGAGUUCAACAAAUGCCAGAGUACAAACAACCGAUGUUAAAUUUUAUUGAAUAUUCUAAAAAUAAUGCAAAUAUUCAAAUUGCUUCCACUAAUGCCAUUACAGUCUUAACACGUGCCAAAAUACCGCUUUCAAUAAAUUUAGACAGUAUUCGUAUUCAAGGGGCGAAUUUGAGCUAUGCAGAUCUUCAAAAUGCGAAUUUCAAAAAUGCAACUCUUCAAGAUGCAAAUCUUCAAAAUGCAAACCUCCAAUAUGCAAAUCUCCAAG